AUGUCCUUUCCUGUAAACACGAAUAAUGGGAACAUUAUGAACGAUAAGAGAAAUAGCGGUCACCAACAAUUCCCGUUCCAGUUUCAAGGAACGAGUAGUGAAUUUGGGUUCGUCCAGCAGCAACAACAACAGCAGCAACAUCAACAGCAACAGCAGCAAUAUCAAUAUCAACAGCAACAGCAACAGCAACAUCAACAGCAACAUCAACAUCAACAUCAACAGCAACAGCAACAGCAACAGCAACAGCAACAGCAACAGCAACAGCAACGUCAAUUUCAAUAUCAACAGCAGCAGCAACAGCAACAGCAACAUCAACAAUAUCAACAACAACAACUACAUCACCAGCAGCAGCAACAGCAACAGCAACAGCAACAGCAACAGCAACAGCAACGACAACAUCCACAACAUCCACAACAGCCUUCAGCUGGCAUAAAACAACUAAAUCCUCAGGUUCAAAAUGAAUUCUUUCAAAUGUAUGGAGGUCAACGUGAACCUAGAGCUGAAUCCAAAAACCUAUUAAACGCCUACAUAUAUGAUAUGUUUCAGAAGUCGUCUUUGAAGAAAACUGCCAAGGCAUUUGCUAAAGAGACUAAAAUAGAUGAAAGCAUUAAGAAAUCUUCAUCAAACCCUACAGGUCUUCCAGGUGAGAAACAUGGCGGUUUGAGAUUGGACUCGAUCGACGAUACUCCUAAUGGAUUUCUUCUGGAGUGGUGGCAAGUAUUCUGGGAUUUGUUUAAUGCUAAGACUCAAAGGACUGGUUCCAACGCAGCCCGUGAAUAUUUCAAAACUUUGAUACAACAACAAAGACAAGAACACAUAUACAGAAGUUUAGCGGUACACGCGGCAAGAACUCAGCAUAUUGCAGAGCAACGCGGUAAUUACAAACACGAAACGUUUGAUCCUAUGAUGUUCGCUAUGACUGUCGCAAACACUGCAAAGGGUAACAGUAUUAAUAAUGCAAUGAAUUUUGUAAGGCAUUCAGGCACUGACAAUAUGUCUAUGCCAGGAAAUCCAGCAAUGUCCCAACAAUCCCAACAACAUCAAUUCCAUUACAAUAAUCAAAGUCAAAUUCAACCACAGACUCUUCCAAAUGAUAUGGGUACUGGGAUGGAUGGUUCGUCUGUACCCUCAACUUCAAAUUCAAACAUACCACCAGAUUGGCAAUCUUACAAUAAUUUCCAUUCUGAACAACAAUUUUUUUCUCCUACUUCAAAUGAUGGAGGAAUAUAUAAUAAUCUAAAUUCAUCACAGGGUCCAUCACAAGUUUAUGGUCAGGGCAAGCCUUUGAAUCAACAAACUACUGAUGUCUUUAAUAAGCAAUCUCAAACUCCUGGCAGAGGUCAAAGUUCAACAGCGUCAAAAGCAAAGAUAACUAAGGCGUCGCAGAGAGGCAGUAUAAAAAAGAGAAGGUCUACAAAAGCAGACAAAAGAUCGCCAGAGACAAUUCUAAUAAACGAACUAGAGAAAGAGCAAAGUAAUACUGAUGCAACAAUACGGUCGCCAAGGGAUACUCCGAUUGUAAUUAAUAAUUAUAGAACGGCACAACAUAGUAAUAGUAUGAACCCACCAUUAAGUACACAAUCUCCAUUAUCUAUGGUUUUACCUGCUACUAAAUCUGAAUCGAAUAAUAAUGCCAAGGAACAUUUAAGGAGAAAAUCUACUACGUCAAUUUUGGAAAGUGAAAAACUAGGACCAUCUGAAAUUAAGAGACUAGCAUCGUCAUCAGAACCAGUGACACCUCUUGGUAUCAAUGCUGCAACUAUACCGCAUGUUCCUGCAGGUCGUGUUAGUCAUGCUGUUGGAGCUGGACAUAAAGUGGUUUUACCAAGUUCUUUAUCAACAGUUUCUGAGGAUGUUCGUAGUCCAAGAACAAUUGGUUCACCGCUGAAUUCUCAAGGGUCGGCUAAAUCUACAGUAGUUAAGAAAACAAGAAAACCUAAAAAGUCACAUCCAUCUACAACGAAUACAGCUAGUAUUACAACGACAUCAUAUUCUGCAUCAUCUACUCCAAGUGUAUCAGAUUUUCAAUCACAAGUUUCAUUUCAAAGUAGGAAUACUAAUAACACAGAAAUAAAAAGUACAUCCACCAGAGGCAGUACAGCCCGUACGCCAAAGGGUGCCAAGGCCGCAAUUAAUCCUCAAGAUCAGGAGUCUAAGAAAACUACAAAUGAAAAGAACGGUAGGAAAAACUCUGCUUCAAGAAAUUCCUUCUCAGCUACACCAACCACCACUACCGUUGUAUCCACUAUAAAUGUAAACAGUGCAACAAAAGGCAAUAAUAAUGUGGCAGAUCCUACAUUUGGAAAUGAAUUAAAACUGAAUGCCAGCAAUGAUCCUAUAAUGAUUGAUUCCUCUUAUCAGUUCGUUGGUAGCAAUUCCUUAGACUUGUUAGGAAUGGGCAACAUGGACGAUAUUUUAGAUAACGCCAUUCCUGAUGACAAGAAUAAGAAAUCAACAACAGCAACAACUAACACUACAGAUUCAAAGGACAACAAUGGCGAAGCACCAGAUUCAAUCACAGAAAACUUUGAUUUGGAUAUCCUAGAUGGGAGCAAACAAUAUUUCAAUUUUAUGAACUGGCAAUAG